AUGCCGGUCACCACCGGCGGCCGGUCCACCCUCGUCCUCUUCGUCACCGCAGUGGUGCUGGCGACCACUUCGGCGCCGGCAUGCCAUGCCGCGCACAACAUCACCGCCAUCCUCUCUGGGCGCCGGGACCUCUCGGAGUUCAGCCGCGAGCUCGCGGCCACGGGGCUCGCGGACGACAUCAACGGGCGGAACACGAUCACGGUCCUCGCCGUGGACGACGCCCACAUGGCGCCGCUGAAGGCGCGUGGCCUCCCGCGGGAGACGCUGCGGCACGUGCUCUCCCUCCACGUCCUCGUCGACUACUACGACGACGCGAAGCUGCACCGCCUCCCCGGCGGCUCCGCGGACGUGUCCACCCUGUUCCAGGCCUCGGGCGACGCCCCCGGGAGCGCCGGCAUGGUGAAGAUCGCGGAGCGCCGGGGCGGGCGCGUGGCCUUCGUGCCCCAGGACGACGCCGGCGACGACGCGGGGAGCACCACCGUCUUCUACGUCAGGUCCGUCCACGAGACGCCCUACAACAUUUCGGUUCUUCAGGUGAGCGGCGUGAUAUCGUCCCCUGAGGCCGAGGCGCCCGCGGCGGCGGCCGACGCAAGCAGGCGCAACGUCUCGGACGUCAUGUCCAAGAACGGGUGCGGGCGCUUCGCGGGCCUCGUCACGGCCACGGGCGACGCCGCCGCGACGUUCGAGAAGAAGGCCAACGACGGCGGCGGCGGCUUCACGUUCUUCUGCCCGGCGGACAAGGCGGUGGAGGCGUUCCAGCCAACGUUCAACAGGCUCUCCGCCGACGCCAGGCUCGCGGUGGUGCUGUACCACGGCGCGCCGGGGCACUACUCCAUGCAGGCGCUCAAGGCGGGCGACCAAGACCUGCGCACGAUGGCCUCGCUCGACGGGGGCAAGUCCGACUUCGACUUGGUGGUGCACAACGUCCGCGACAAGGUGACGCUGGUGUCCGCGACGCACAACGUGGCCAGGGUCACCCGCACGCUCGCGGACGAGGAAGCCGUCGCCGUGUACAUGAUCGACGCGGUGCUGGUGCCGUGUAACCUCACGGCGCAAGGAGCAGGGGGAACGGAGCACGGCGAGCUCUCGUCCGGUCCCGAUGGGCGUUCGGGCGGGAAAGACGGCGGAGGUGGUCACGUGACGAGUGGCUCGAGGGCUUCGGCUCCGACUCCGUGCUGGCUACCGCGUGAAUGGCUCGCCACCUCGGCGCUUCUGUUCACUCUUCUGGCGGCGUUUGCGUCUGGUUGA